AUGUUCAUGGGAUUUCUAGGAUUGCGUGGAAAUGAUAUCAACUCAGCUUGGAAAAAGGGAAGCUUUGGUGAAAACACAAUCAUAGAUAACAUUGAUUCAGGCAUUUGGCCCGAAUCGUUGAGUUUAAGUGAUAGUAGAAUAGGCCCUAUUCCAGCAAAAUGGUGUGGUGGAAACAUAAUUCAAAUUAACAAACUCAAUGGUUCUAUCGAAGUUCCAUGUAACAGGAAGCUAAUUGGAGCAAUAUUUUUCAACAAAUCAUACGAAUCUUUCAACGAAAAAUUCCCUCGUUCGCAACAUAUAGCGUACGACCUUGUAGGCCACGAAACUCGUACACUAUCAACGAUAAAUGGAAACUCCGUACCUGGUGCAAGUAUAUUUAAUAUUGGCAAUAGAACGGUAAAAGGAGGUUCACCAAAAUCAAGAAUUACAACCUUAAAAGUAUCUUGGUCUUUAGAAGAUGCUACUAGUUAUUUUGGUGUCGAUGUAUUAGCUGCUAUUGAUCAAGAAAUUAAUGACACUGUUGAUUUGAUUUAUGUUUCUACUAGUGGAUGUACUAGUACAAAUUCUGAAGAAAUAUUUACAGACGAGGUUUAA